UUUUGCUUUUCCAUGCAGAGCGUGCACGUUAGGCGGUUUGAAGCCUUGUCCCCACUAUUUCCUUCCACCAGGAUUUGCGACGGCCCGAAAUACCUCAAGAUGUCCCGUUUUUGCGAUGGGUUGUUCUUACUGAGUAUAUGCUCCUUAUCUUCCAGCUUACCCAGCACCGAUUUUGCCAAGUACAUUCCUGAGGAUGAUCUCAAGGCGAUUAAAGCGGGUUCGCUUCGGUCCAAUGUGCCGCCAUCUGACACAUCCGUGUACGUCUACCAGGAGGAUAUUAUAGGCUGUUUGCCGUCACAGAAACCCGUCUGCCCACUGCAGACCACCGAACCGCAGUAUUUCAGGCUGCCGGACGGGACGGUAGAGAUCCCGUAUAUCGUUGAGCCGGAAGUGGACGAAACACUGAUCGAUGAAAUCGUACUCGCCCUGGAAUCCAUCUCCAACCAAACCGGCUGCAUGCAGUUCGCGUCGGCCGACGACGCGGCCAUCAAACACGUCCCCAGCCGACCGGUGAUUCGCUUUUCGGGCAGUGAUAUGUGCGCCGGAGAAUUCGAGGGCGCCAAAAGUCCCCGGCAUAAAGUUUACAUCAGUCCUCAGUGUAUUAACGGUGAACGGAGUAAUAUCCAACGGUUGAUUUUGUUGGCGAUGGGAUUUCCACAUGAAGUUAGCCGCAACGAUCGCGACCAGUAUAUCAUCAUCAACUGGUACAACGUUGUCCCAGAGAGAACCUGGGAGCUGGAGAAAUAUGAUCGCGGGGUUUUCGAUAGUCUUCCAUACGACUACGAUUCCAUUUUACAUCCCGGCUACGUUUUCUUGGCGCAGAACACCAAAAUGCCGACCAUUAUGGCUAAAAAUAAAGCAAGAGUAGGCCAAAAUAAACAGCUAAGCGAAACGGAUAUCAAGAAAAUCCAGAACCUAAUCUGCAAAAAAACAGCUACGCAACCGGCAGCCACCCAAAACGCGCAAAUAGUACCCGAUACGCCGGUCCCGACACCCACACCGACGAAGAAACCCUCCGAUAACGAAAUUAAAGUUCCGGCAGUCCCGAUAAAAUCUGCCGGCGCGGCGCCAUCCAAAGCGGACGCAACGACAGGCGAUAUUCAACCAUCCAUGUGUUCGCUACGCCAGCUAGUGCUUUUGCAGAACACGCAGACUAUGUCGAGGACGACGGUUUUUCCCACGAAACGUCGCCUGAACCAUUCGACGAAGGACACCACGUGGUGGUACGCACAAGAUUCCGCUCCCGAUAAAACCGACUACUUGGGCCAAUCGGUGGAUUAUACGGAAUUUAGUGGUGUGGUCAAAACCGUAACGACGAAACUGGACAAUGCGGCCACCCGCAUACUGGAAACGGAAUAUCAGCCGCUCGUACUGGAUGACGGCAACACGCGCUUGCAACGAAAAUUCGAGACCAGGAUCGUCCAGUGUCAAGACCGGGAAAGGUCGUUAUAAGUUCUUCGUUAUUGUGUUAUCAGUUAGAGCUGUUGCUAAUAUUGUCUGACGCAAAAUGUCUUCCAAAAGCUUCACUUAGAAAACUGAAUAAAAUAAU